AUGCUUUUCAUUUAUCUUUACUCAUAAAUUGAUGCAAGAGGUAAAACCUAUGACGAUUUGGAUGAUAUUUUAAAACAUGAUGGUUUGAAUUCAACUAAAACGCAUGUGGCUUACAAAGAACCUAUGGACUAAGGUGCUAGAAUCGAUCCAAAUAAAGUUGUACAUAUAAAACCAAAAGUUUAGGAAGAGAAAGCAGUGACUAGUGGUAUCGUUAUUCCCAAAGCAUAUACAGCAUCUAACCCCUCAGCUAGAAAAUCUACGAAUUAGACUUAAUAAUAUGAAAAAUAUGCAAAGAGAGAGGAUGCUUAUGAGAAAUCUGACUCACUGCCAUUAAAAUACCUAAAAAUACCUAAGAGAGAUAGAGAUGCUCAGUUUUACUUCUUUUUGAGUACACUAUUACUCUUGGCUACAACUGUCACCAUUAUAUCUUCAUGUGGAUGUCUGUUUUACUUUUUCCUUAAGAACCUUAUUGGCUUAUAGAGUAGGUCUGAAGAUGAAUAUAGUCCCAGGUAAGGUGCUCUUUAAUAACGAUACUAAAAUUAGGACAAUGAAUAGCAAAGAGAAGUAGAUGGACCAUAAAGAAAUAACAAUAAUUAUCAGCAAUUUGUAGACGAAGCUUAAGUAUAAAGAAAUGAUUCGCAGCUUUCUGGUAACGGGUAAAAUAGACUUAGAAAUGUACUUAACUAUAGAGACCCGACUAAUCAAGAUCAAGAAAUCAAGUGA